AUAUACACACACAAAAUACUACUUCCGUCCAAUCCCUUCAUCAAAAUCACAAUGCCUCCUUACAAACUAUUCCUAUUACUUACUAUUAUACACCUCCUUUCCACUGCCCCUAUUUUCAAUACUUCAACCACCCUUCCUUUUAUUCCUCCAAACCACUUGCAAGUCCCAAAUGAAGUAGGAGCUCUUUUAACAUGGAAGUCAAGCCUUAACCUCAUAAGCCAACCGCUACUCUCAUCAUGGGUUGUUGGUACUCAUCCUUGCAAUUGGACUGGUAUUACUUGUGAUGGUGGCGGAAGUGUUACAAGCCUAAACCUUUCAAGUUAUGGGUUAAAAGAUAAUCACCUCACUGGUGUUUUGCCUGGAAAUUUGUGCAUUGGUAAUUCACUGAAACAUUUGGCUGUCAAAAACAAUGAGUUUAUAGGAAAGAUUCCCAAAACACUGAAAAAUUGCACAUCUCUUCUCAGAGUGCAUCUUCAAAACAAUCAAUUCUCAGGAGACAUCUUUGAAGAUUUCGGAGUUUAUCCAGAGCUAAACUACAUUAAUUUGAGUAACAAUUCUUUCUACGGCCAUCUAUCUUCUAAUUGGGGAAAUUGCCCAAAACUUGGUGCUUUGAAGAUUUCAACGAACAGAAUUUCUGGGAAACUCCCACCAAAUCUUAGCAAUGCUUCUCAAAUUGGUUUUAUUGAUCUCUCAUCAAAUCAACUAGUUGGAAUGAUUCCUAAGAGUUUGGAAAAAUUGACGUUGUUAACUGUUCUUAAGUUGGAUAACAACAAAUUUUCUGGCAACAUAUCACUAGAAAUUUGGAAAUUACCUCAACUUUUGAACUUCAGCAUAGCCGCAAAUAAUUUUGCUGGAUUGCUUCUGGAGGAGUACUUUGAAAGAGGUCAAGUGUUAAUAGACUUGAAUUUGAGUAAAAAUAUGUUUGUUGGGGAGAUUCCUUAUGGUAUGGGAAACAUGAAAUCGCUUGAAAGCCUUGAUUUAAGUCACAACAUGCUCUCUGGUCAGAUACCACUGCAAUUUGACGAGCUAACAAGUUUACAAAUAUUGAACUUAUCACACAACAAUUUGUCAGGACAUAUCCCUUCUAGUCUUGGUCAAUCUUUGGGUUUGAUAUGUGUUGAUGUAUCAUACAAUCGGUUGGAAGGUCCCAUCCCAAACACAAAAGUAUUUCAGGAAGCUCCGUAUGAUGCCUUGAGAAAUAAUAAAGGUCUUUGCGGGAACCAUUCUGGCUUCGAGCCUUGCUCCUCAAACAAUCAAAGAGAUCAUCAUCAGAGAAGAAAUUUGCUCUUAAUCAUACUACUAACAUUUGGAAGUUUGUCUAUGAUUAUUAGCAUUCUUUUCCUAUUAAUUCUUCGGUCAAGGAGCAAUAUUAGAGAAAAGUCAAGGGGAAUUACUAAAGAUGUGUUGACAAUAUUGAGUUUUGAUGGAAAGAUGGCAUAUGAAAGCAUCAUUGAGGCAACUGGGAACUUUGAUUCAAUAUAUUGCAUUGGUGAAGGAGGACAUGCAAGUGUUUAUAGGGCUGAGCUACCAAGUGGCCAAAUUGUUGCUAUAAAGAGGUUUAAUGCAAUUGGGCAAGAAGACGAACAAUGUGAACUUGAAAGUUUUUCAAAUGAGGUUCGUACUUUGACAGAGGUUAGACAUCGAAAUAUUGUGAAACUGUAUGGUUUUUGUGCUAGUGAGAGAAAUACAUUCUUAAUUUAUGAGUACUUGGAAGGGGGAAGCCUAGCACACAUAUUAAAUGAUAGUGAAAAGGCCAUGGAUUUAGGGUGGACGAAGAGGGUAAAUGUGGUUAAAGCUGUGGCUAAUGCUUUAUCGUAUAUUCACCAUGAUUGUUUACCACCAAUCGUUCAUCGGGAUAUAUCAUCAAAGAAUGUUUUGUUUGAUUCUGAAUAUGAAGCUCACGUGUCAGCAAGAAUAUUGAGUCUUCAUUCAUCAAAUUGGACUUCAUUUGCAGGAACAUUUGGCUAUGCAGCUCCAGAGUUUGCUUAUACUAUGGAGGUCACAGAAAAAUGUGAUGUGUAUAGCUUCGGAGUACUAGCACUAGAAGUGAUUAUGGGUAAACAUCCAGGUGACCUCAUUACAUCCAUUUUUUCAUCCCCAACCUCAACCUCUCAUGGAGUACUACUUUUAAAAGAUGUGUUGGAUUCUCGACUCUCUACUCCAACAAAGUAGGAAGCAGCGGAAGAGUUUAUUUUGGUUGCCAAGAUAGCAAUUGCAUGUUUAAAUAUGAAUCCACAAUGUCGUCCAAGCAUGCGACAGGUUUCUGUGUUGCUAAGCAAAGAAAGACAAUAUUCCUCCUCAAAUUCACUUUCACAGAUCACAAUAAGCCAAUUGUUUGGUCUUGAAUUUCCUACUCCCUAGAGUGUAGGGUAGGUUGAAGUCUUAUUCAUGCCAGGCCGGUAUGUAUGUGAAGAUUAUAUUUUAGUAAAAUGCAAAGCUUUAUUUUGUUCA